AUGUCUAAGGAAUCUCUUAGCAACUCGCCCAAUCAUGUCGAGGAGACUGAACCAGUGCCCAAAGCCGAGACUGCCAUUGAAUAUGAUAGCAAUGGCUUAAGCGGCAUCGUUCGAUCUCCAUACGUUCUGGGAGCUGCAACUCUGGCUUCACUUGGAGGAUUCUCCUUCGGUUAUGACCAGGGCGUGAUUAGUAUCAUCCUUACCAUGAAGCAGUUCCACGACCAAUUCCCCGAAACAGCCCCUGGUCAUCCUCGAUAUGGCUUCAAUGUCGGCUUCAUGACUGGCAUGCUCGAACUUGGUGCCUUUGUUGGAUGUCUCUUUCUUCCAUACCUCGCAGACCGAAUCUCUCGAAAGUGGGCCAUGACUGUUGCUACUGUCUUCUUUACCAUCGGUGCUAUCAUCCAGACUGCUGCUCAUAACUAUGGGACACUGGUCGCUGGAAGAGCUAUUGGUGGAAUCGGUGUUGGGACCCUGGCCAUGGGUGCGCCUCUUUAUAUCUCUGAGAUCUCCCCUCUGAACUUACGAGGCUCGCUCCUGGUUCUUGAGGCUCUUUCUAUUGUCAUUGGAGCAAUCAUUUCUUACUGGAUUACCUAUGGCACAAAGGAUAUGGCCAGUGAAUGGUCCUUCAGACUCCCAUUCUUUCUUCAGAUGCCUCCUGCUCUCCUAGUCGGCCUCGGUAUCCACUUCUUCCCAUACUCUCCCAGAUGGCUCGUCAUGCGCCAACGAGAUGACGACUCUCUUCACGCCCUCGCCCAACUCCGACGCGUCCCCGCGACCGACGAUCGAGUCCAGGCCGAGUGGAAAGGAAUUCUCACUGAAGUUCGGUUUCAGCAGGAGAUCCUUUCUCAGGAACAUCCCAAUGAUAAUGGCAUUAUUCUGGAACUGAAGCAGUGGGGUGACUUAUUCCGACCCAGAUGUCUCAAGCGUACUGCAGUUGCGCUUGGGAUUCCGUUCUUUCAACAAUUCAGUGGUAUAAACGCUUUCGGUAAGGAAAGAUCUCAGUUAUCUUUGGUUGGAGUGUUCUAA